AUGGCCAACAAGAAGCGCAAACAAAGCCAGCAGCAAGGUCGCUCGUCGACUCGGACAACGCGGACAGAAACCCAGGGACUGCGACUCAACGAACCGAUUGCCAAUCACCAAGCUGAAGCUGACGAGAUACAAGACAUUGAAGCUGGCCAUGGAUACAAAUCCAGUAUUCCCCCUUGCAAGGACUGCAUUGCUGUUAUGGCCUUAGACCCCGAGGAGAAAUGGAGACUUAUGCAUGUCCAGCAAGCUUUAAAAGAAGCAGAAGCGAAGCUCGGUCCGCGAUCCCUUGUCAUUGAUCAAUUAAGACAAGACCAGAUGGAGGCCUGUCGAGCCAUACGCGAACAGACUCUUGAGAAGAAUGUCACCCAGCAAGGGGUCUUCAACGGCGAGGCUUUGCAUCAGCGCAUAAUGAGACUGGAGAGCAAUGCUUUCAGAAGCGGCGACUUGAUGAACAAACGUAUUAACCGCUUGCAAGGAGAAUUGAAUAAGGUGACAGAGCAGAUUGGAGAGGACAAGUAG